AUGGCCAAGUGGACGGCGUUCGCCAUCGUCCAGAUGCGAUCGGCGCUCGAGCAGGAGAACCCAGAGCCGGCGAUGCUCGAGCGCCGGGUCGUGGUCGCGAGCCAGUGGAUCCUACUCAGCGGCAGGCGCGUCUUCGAGGACGCCUUCGCCGCAAGCACUCUGUCGCUGUUCGAGGUCAGAGCGCUGGCCCCUGGACCUCUCUACACGGGGAUAAGGCACCCGGGGUCGGCGUUACGCGGUUUCCUUGGUCAUUUUCUCCGUAGCGCCUCAGUGGCGCCUGAGCAAGGUUGUGAGGGGGAGUACGGACUAGGGAUUGUCUACCCUGCCUUGAAUGGGAUAAACGCCACAGAAAAAAACCCUCGCUUCGAGCUGAAACUUUGCGAGUCUGUCAUCAACUCGACUUCCAUUACUCCCAUCUUGUUCCCGCGGCCAUCUUUCGUCAUCUUCACUCUGUUAUUCCAGCUGCAGGCGACUCUGGCGGGACUGGACUCGAGGGUCUCUGGUGCCGGCGCGAGCCUCGUCUCGGAUGUGCCAACCUUGGCCACGUUGCCACCCGCGCAACCCACCGGCACCGAUGCGUGCGCUUUCGACAGCAUCAACAGCCUGGUCGAUCGCGUGGCCAGCGACUGGACCGGAUACAACAUCUCGCUGCUUUACAUGGCUACCACUACCAUUCUUAAGACCAUUAUGAAAUACUACGUGCGCAACCACGACGGGUCGGUUCCCGCCAUCCCCAUCACUAGAAGCCCUACGAGACCAGAGCCCGAAGUGACAUCGAGUAAACCACGAACACCCUCCCCAUGGCUGCCGACUACGGUUAACCUAGCUUCCUUCUUCUUUUCGAUUCAAGACGAAUCUGUCCUGUCUAAUCAAGCAAUUCGCGAGCUGCCUGUUGUCACCGAUAUUCUAAUGCUCGAAACACCGCCACCCUCGAAACUCACCUUCGUGGCUGCCGAGCAUAUUGAGCUCUGCUCAUCGGUUGGCAGGGCCGUAUCAGACGCGCAGGGACGAACGAAAAACUCCCUGGACCAAUCCAAUGGACAGAUCGCCAGCGCGCAGCAGGAGAUUGCAGAUACCAACAGGAUGUCGUCAAAAAUAGCGAGCCAGGCCAGACGGCAUGAUGAGAAUGCAGAGGGAAACAGCAUCCUCUUCUGGACAACCUUUUGGAUCCCAAUCGUCAACGUCGUCACAAUCCGUCUCCCUCUCCCUAGCAGCAGAAAACAAAGGCUCGCAGCAUCUUGCCGCGAAACCGCUCAAAGGCUGACCGCCGAAAUCGUCACCAAAUCGGCCGAGAAAGUCUCCCUCAAAGCCAUCCGAUACGGCCUUGACAGCUCCCUGGCGAGAUUGAAUUUAGCUGAAGGCGAGGCCAACGAGCGAGCGCGCCACGCAGCAGGAUUCAGGGACUAG